AUUUACCUAUGGGAGCACAGAAAUGCAAGGUUCGGCCGCUGCACUAGGAAUUACAGUCAGGGAGGCGAAAAGGCGCGGUGCACACGAAGUGGUUAUUCUAGCUGUAGCCACAAGCGUCCCACCCCUGUCUCCCGUGCGCUGACGGAGUCCCCAGAGAAUGUGUCCUGGGGACCAGACGUGGGGAUCCACUAAGAGCUUUAGAAGCGUCCCUGGGUGGGGAGGGCUUGAGCUUCGGGAGAGUCCCGGAUUCCUCCCUGCUCUGAUUCGACGGGACGGGGACCAGCAGGACUUUGGAACCUAGUGCCCAAGAUGUUGCAGAAAGCGGGCGCACGGUCAACACGCACGCUUUACAGCACGCCCCGCCGCAGCCCGCCUAGCCCGCUAGACCACCCCCCACUCCAGGCAGCGGGUGCGCGCCAACGUCCCACAGCAAAGUCCCAGAGCACGCCCCGAGGGCAGGAGGCGGACCGAAUCAUCUAGUGCGGGGGCGCGUCACGGGUGCCCGCUCCCGAUUGGCCGGCCGCGGCAGUCACGGGCUGGGCGCACUGGGAUUGGCACCGCCCGAGGCCAGAGCUGGAGUAACUGGACUCUGUGCGGCAGGCGCAGUCCCGGAGCUCGAGAGGCUGGCGUCGGCGCCGAGCCCAAAGCCCUGGGUGGGAGCCCGGCCGGGACGCGCUCACCAUGCCCUACGUGCUCAUCAGCACCCAGAUCCGCAUGGAGGUGGGCCCUACCAUGGUGGGCGAUGAACACUCAGAUCCAGAGCUGAUGCAGUAUCUGGGGGCCUCCAAGAGAAGUGCCUUGGGAAACAACUUUUAUGAGUACUUUGUCAGCGAUCCUCCUCGCAUAGUGCUGGACAAACUGGAACGCAGGGGCUUCCGUGUGCUGAGCAUGACGGGGGUGGGCCAGACACUGGUGUGGUGCCUGCACAAGGAGUGACCCUCUCACACUGAGGAGCACACAGAGCACCCCUUUUUUGAGUGGAUGCCACGGGCCCUGAUCCUGAGUCCCCAUUCACUCACCGCCUGGCCCCUCCUUCCCAAACUGUCAUUUUCCUUAGCCGGGCACCACUGGGCUGUGAAUGGCCUUUUCUGAAACCUGCCUCAGCCCCAGAGUAUGGGGUGAGAGGGCAGGGCCCUUGCCCUGGUGCUCCCAGCUGCCCCUCCAGCUUUUUGGCCUGGCUGAGAGCCCUGGAGAAGGCCGUGUUUUGUGUGCAGGCUGAGGGCCCGAAAGAGCCAGGCUGUCCCUGGCCGGGAACUGGGAGCCCCCAAGGAGCACAGCCCAGGACUGGGUGGGAGGGUCCUAAGUACCUGGUCCAAGCCAAUAAAGGCCUGUGUCGAGUGCUUGCUCCUCUGUUCUGCUGGCCCACUGACUCUCACUGCGCAGAGCCCCUCCCUGGGGGUCGGCUCACUCCCGGGGAGGGAGAGCCAGGCCUGGGUGGAACCCUCUCGGGCAGAGUCCAGGAACAAGGGACGCGCUUGGUCGGGCCAGCACCCUACGCCUACAUAUGCAAUAGAGGUAGAUUCUUGU